AUGCCACGGCCGCCCGCUCGAAGGACUCGGGCUGCGCCUGAGGCCUCUACAGAAACUGCCAGGAAGACUACCAACCUAACUAAUCCUUCAAACACGAAGACAAAUGUGCUCGGUACUGAUAGUGAAGGGCAGGCGCGAGCUGCCACACCAGAACUACCUACCCAUACCAGCAUAGAUACUUCACGCUCCCAUCAACUCCCACUCAGACCUACUCUGACACCCACUCGAAAUGCUCCCGAAAAUGCUCUUGUAUCGUCACCAAAUGAUCGCCCGGCAACAGGAAGUCAAACAGGAAGUCGCCCCCCUACUAGAGCUCGAGGCUACUCGUCCACAUUGUCAUUAGCUGGCCGGAAAGGAGAUGUCACUUCGCGCAUUGGCAGCACGCCUGGAUUCGAGAGUUCUAUCUUGAGUAAUUUCAGAAGAAGACCAAGACAACCCAGCUUGCUCCAGAUGAUGCAGGCCGACGAGUCUUCCGAUCUCGAUGACGACGACUUUCUCGGUGGCUUGAGUCCAGAAGAUGAGUCGACACCGCUGAAUGCCACGAAGCCGUCGCAAAUAGUCGAUUCGCCGAACGUUUCUCCAUCUCGAGGCUCAAACUUGUCAUCACCGGCCUCCAAAGACUCUCGGAAGAGAAAGCGCACAACAUUGAAUCAUGGCGAUAGUAACAACCCUCCAUCUGCGGAAAGCAGUCCAAUAUCUAGCCCUAUGCAGACGCCAAGACCUCGGUCUGUUGUAGCAUCUGUUGAUACAAUGAAUUUUGUGUUAGCUACUCCUCUGAGCAGCCCAGGGAGCGUCCAUCCAUCAGUUACUGCUAUCGAUGAAGUGAUGACGGCACAAGUAACUAAGAAUACCGUCCCGAAGAUUGCAACUUCCAUCUUACAAGCCAAAUUUCUUCCUCGACGUCGAAUUCGUCGACGUAAGAGUUACCAAGAUUAUGAUGAAGGCUCGGAGUCGCUGGCUGAAGACUCAGAUGAGGAUGAAUUGAAUAGAGUCAUCGGUACUACGCGCCGCAGGCCCCAGAAAAGAGGCUUGUCGGAUGCAACGACACGCAACGUCAAAGUGAACACCAACGGCCCACGAUAUUCAGAUCGGGGUAGCAACAAGACACCUAAUGGGGUCAAGAGAACAUUUCCAAAUCUGCCUGAUUCCCAAAGCAAAACCCCUCGCACAUAUUCUCGUCGAGAAACCCAGGUCACCGACAAAGAGAACUACCUCUCCGACGGUUCUUCUGACCUCUCCUCACUACCUCCCUCAGAUGAAUUCGACUCGGAUUACGACAUCACAAUCCGCGAUUCGGGUGGCAGAAUCGCUAGUCGCGAACUGGAGCAGGCAGUAUUGAAGUUUAAAGAGGUUGAUAAAUGGCAGAUGGAAUUUGAAGAUGUCUCAUUCUUCUGA